AAUCGCGAUUUUUCAACAAAUCUCGGCCUCGGUGACGUGUUCGUCCGGUAGGCUAGGCGGUUAUCAAAUCCAGCCAUUAUCGGGGCUCCCUGCAACUUCCCUGUAGUAGUAAAAGUACAGGGAGAGAUCUACUUGAGCUCAUCGCUUAUCAAUUUCCAGAUCUUUAUUCGCUAAUUAUCCCUGCCACUGAAACCAAGGCAUUUCUGGUUUGUUCUUGCUCCAUUUCCAUUAUCUCGUCAGCUGUAAAUAGUAGAAAUGGCUGCGGGAGGUUUUGUGAGCCGAGCAUUCGAGUCAAUGCUGAAGGAAUGUUCGGGAAAGAAGUACCCCGAUCUUCAAAAGGCUAUUCAAGCGUAUAUUGAUAGCACCAAAGAGUCAAAUCCACAAUCUAAAUCAGGCGAGACGAAUCAAGUAGCAUCAUUAGCUGAAGCUGAGAGUUCACAUGAAUCUGAUGAUGAAGCUGCAAAAGCUGGAACACAAUCUGAUCAGUUACAAAAUACUUCUGAGGAGAAACCUGAUGGGAAGCCAGUGCGCUACAAUGGAAAUGUCACCAUUGCAUUAGCAAAUGCUGGGUGCACAUUAGAUGAAGCUGAUGUAGAGAUUGUUUUGCAUCCACUUUCUCUGGCAUUCGAGACAAAGAAUUUAAAAAUCUUAGAAUCUGCUUUGGAUUGUCUUCAUAAACUCAUUGCUUAUGACCACUUAGAGGGAGAUCCUGGUUUAGAAGGUGGUAAAAAUGUCCCACUGUUCACUGACAUUCUGAACAUGGUUUGCAGUUGUAUUGAUAAUUCUUCACCUGACAGUACAAUUUUGCAAGUCUUAAAGGUGCUUCUAACAGCAGUAGCAUCUGCGAAAUUUAGAGUACAUGGGGAACUGUUGCUGGGAGUAAUCAGAAUAUGCUACAAUACUGCCUUGCACAGCAAGAACCCCAUAAAUCAAGCAACAUCGAAGGCAAUGUUGACACAGAUGAUCAGCAUUGUGUUCAGGAGAAUGGAAACUGAUCCUGUUUCUACUUCAUCUAGUUCUGCUGCAAAUAUAAAGGUCACUUCUGUGGAGAAUACAAAACUUGAAGAAACUUCAACAACUGACCAAAAUGAGGAAGGAAUGACUUUGGGCGAUGCGCUUAGCCAAAUGAAAGAGGCAUCACUUGCAUCUGUCGAGGAACUCCAGAGUCUUGCUGGUGGUGCUGAUAUUAAGGGUUUGGAGGCUGUUCUUGACAAAGCCGUGCAAAUUGAAGAUGGUAAAAAAAUGACAAGGGGUAUUGACCUGGAGAGCGUGGGCAUUGGAGAACGAGAUGCUUUACUUGUGUUUCGCACCCUUUGUAAGAUGGGUAUGAAGGAAGAUUCUGAUGAAGUUACAACCAAAACAAGGAUUUUGUCUCUAGAGCUUCUGCAGGGCUUGUUGGAAGGAGUUAGCCAUUCAUUCACAAAGAACUUCCAUUUUAUUGACUCUGUAAAAGCAUAUCUAUCAUAUGCUUUGUUGCGGGCCUCAGUUUCACAGUCUCCAGUCAUAUUUCAGUAUGCAACAGGAAUAUUCUCUGUACUUAUGUUGCGAUUCAGAGAGAGUCUCAAAGGCGAAGUUGGUGUCUUCUUUCCCUUAAUAGUUCUACGAUCAUUGGAUGGCUCAGAAUGUCCUAUUAACCAAAAAAUGAGUGUUCUUCGAAUGCUCGAGAAAGUUUGCAAGGAUCCUCAAAUGCUUGUUGAUAUUUAUGUUAACUAUGACUGUGAUCUGGAGGCACCAAAUUUAUUUGAACGCAUGGUAACCACACUGUCUAAAAUAGUUCAAGGGACUCAAAGUGCAGAUCCAAAUGCUGUUGCUGUAUCCCAGGCUACUUCUGUUAAAGGUUCAUCACUUCUGUGUCUAGUUAAUGUGCUUAAAUCACUUGUUGAUUGGGAGAAGUUACGCAGAGAAUCUGAAAAAAUUAUUAAAAGAGUUCAGUCUCUUGAAGAAGACCUUUCAGAUGCGAAAUUUGUUGAGAUAAAGAGCAGAGGGGAUGUGCCCAAUCACUUUGAAAAGGCAAAGGCUCACAAAUCUACAAUGGAAGCUGCUAUUGGAGAGUUCAACAGGCAGCCAGUUAAGGGUGUAGAAUAUUUGAUAUCAAAUAAGCUUGUGGAAAAGAAUCCUUCUUCAGUUGCUCAAUUUCUAAGAAACACUCCCAAUCUGGACAAGGCUAUGAUUGGUGAUUUUUUGGGUCAACAUGAGGAGUUUCCCCUUGCUGUCAUGCAUGCUUAUGUUGAUCACAUGAAGUUUUCAGGAAUGAAGUUCGACAUGGCUGUCAGGGAAUUUCUUAAAGGAUUUCGACUUCCUGGAGAAGCUCAAAAAAUUGAUCGCAUUAUGGAAAAGUUUGCAGAAAGGUAUUGUGCAGAUAAUCCUGGUCUCUUCAAAAAUGCAGAUACUGCAUACGUUCUUGCAUAUGCAGUCAUAAUGCUGAAUACUGAUGCGCAUAAUCCUAUGGUUUGGCCUAAAAUGUCUAAGUCAGAUUUUAUACGUAUCAAUUCCAUGAAUAAUGCUGAAGAUUGUGCCCCACCGGACCUACUGGAAGAGAUCUAUGACUCCAUUGUUAAAGAGGAGAUAAAAAUGAAAGAUGAUGCAGCUGGUAUUGGGAAAAGCAGACAAAAGCCAGAAAGUGAGGAGAGAGGCCGCCUUGUCAAUAUUCUAAAUCUGGCUCUCCCCAAAACAAAGUCAUCAAGUGAUGCCGAAUCUGAGAAUGAAGCUAUAAUUAAGCAAACACAAGCAAUAUUCCGGAAGCAAGGAGCAAGAAGAGGGAUUUUUCAUACUGUGCAGCAUACUGAAAUUAUAAGGCCCAUGGUGGAAGCUGUAGGAUGGCCUUUACUUGCCACUUUCUCUGUGACCAUGGAGGAAGGUGACAAUAAGGCAAGGAUUAUUCUCUGCAUGGCGGGAUUUAAAGCUGGGAUACACAUUACACAUGUUCUCGGGAUGGAUACCAUGCGCUAUGCUUUCUUAACAUCUUUGGUCCGGUUUACUUUCUUACAUGCACCAAAAGAAAUGCGCAGUAAAAAUGUAGAAGCAUUGCGGACUCUACUUGCAUUGUGUGACACAGAAACUGAUUCGCUUCGAGACACAUGGAAUGCAGUUUUGGAAUGUGUUUCUCGGCUGGAAUUUAUUACUUCAACUCCUGCUAUUGCUGCAACUGUCAUGAUUGGAUCAAAUCAGAUUUCCAGGGAUGCCGUUCUUCAAUCCCUGAGAGAAGUGGCUGGGAAACCUGCUGAACAAGUUUUUGUCAAUAGUGUUAAAUUACCCAGUGAUACUAUUGUGGAAUUCUUCACUGCUCUCUGUGGUGUAUCAGCUGAAGAAUUAAAACAAGCUCCUGCUCGUGUAUUCAGUCUGCAAAAGCUUGUUGAGAUCAGCUAUUACAAUAUGGCUCGUAUACGCAUGGUCUGGGCUAGAAUAUGGUCUGUCCUUGCAAAUCAUUUUAUUUCUGCUGGGAGCCAUCACGAGGAGAAAAUUGCCAUGUAUGCCAUUGAUUCUCUGAGGCAGCUUGGUAUGAAGUAUUUGGAGCGUGCUGAGCUCACCAAUUUCACUUUCCAGAAUGACAUUCUCAAACCAUUUGUUGUUCUUAUGCGGAACAGUCGAAGUAGUUCCGUAAGGAGACUAAUUGUUGACUGUAUUGUUCAAAUGAUCAAAUCUAAAGUUGGAAGCAUAAAGUCUGGAUGGCAUAGUGUUUUUAUGAUUUUCACAGCGGCAGCAGAUGAUGAACUGGAAUCAAUUGUGGAUAGUGCCUUUGAAAAUGUUGAACAGGUUAUCUUGGAACACUUUGAUCAGGUGGUUGGGGAUUGUUUUAUGGACUGUGUCAACUGUCUUAUAAGGUUUGCCAAUAACAAAACUUCUCACCGUAUAAGUUUGAAGGCUAUUGCACUUCUCCGCAUUUGUGAGGAUCGUUUGGCAGAGGGCCUUAUACCUGGCGGUGCUGUGAAGCCCAUUGAUGAUAAUGUUGAUGCAACUUUUGAUGUGACUGAGUAUUAUUGGUUCCCAAUGCUAGCUGGUUUAUCAGAUUUGACAUCAGAUGCAAGACCUGAGGUUAGAAGCUGUGCACUAGAAGUUUUGUUUGAUUUGCUGAAUGAGAGAGGUAGCAAGUUCUCAUCAUCAUUUUGGGAGAGCAUCUUCCAUCGUGUGUUGUUUCCUAUUUUUGAUCAUGUGAGACAUGCUGGAAAGGAAAGCUUAAUCUCUUCUGAUGAUGAGUGGUUUCGAGAAACCAGCAUUCAUUCGCUUCAGUUGCUGUGCAAUCUUUUUAACACAUUCUACAAGGAGGUGUGUUUCAUGUUGCCUCCCCUUCUGAGUUUGCUUCUGGACUGUGCUAAAAAGACAGAUCAGACUGUGGUUUCAAUCUCUUUGGGAGCAUUAGUACAUCUGAUUGAAGUUGGAGGUCACCAAUUUAGUGAGAGUGACUGGGACACUUUGUUGAGAAGCAUCAGAGAUGCAUCAUAUGCAACACAACCGCUUGAGUUGCUUAAUGCUUUGAGUUUUGAGAACCAAAAAAGCCCUUCGGUACUAGUUAUGGAUUCAGGGGCAAUUACAGGUGAUGUUGCAGAUAGCCGUCAAUUUGAUAUCAGUGAUAAUGGAAAGUUAUCUGCACUGGCAGUUCCAAGUAGUGCUUAUAGCGUUGGGGAGAAUCUUAAUGCAUCUGUCUUGCCGGAUAAUACUCAAGAAUCGGGAUUGCAAAGCAAUUUGGAUGGAUCAGAAGGCCUUCCAUCACCAUCAGGAAGAAUUCAGAAACCUUCUGACAGUGCUGGGAUCCAAAGGAGCCAAACUUUUGGUCAAAAAAUAAUGGAAAAUAUGAUGGACAAUCUAUUUCUGAGGGGUCUUACCACCAAAUCAAAGGCUCGUGCUUCAGAUGUCUCAGUGCCAUCAUCUCCAGUUACGGUUCCUGAUGCCGAGCCUGAUGUUAAAGAUGAAGAAGAAGGUCCACUGAUGACUAAUAUCAGAGGCAAGUGCAUCACUCAGUUAUUACUUCUUGGUGCUAUCGAUAGUAUUCAGAAGAAGUACUGGAGCAAGUUAAAACCACCACAGAAGAUUGCUAUAAUGGACGUUCUAUUGUCGGUAUUAGAGUUUGCUGCUUCAUAUAAUUCAUAUCCGAACCUCAAAAUGCGAAUGCACCAUAUUCCUGUUGAGAGGCCUCCAUUAAAUCUUAUUCGUCAAGAAUUAGCAGGAACUAGCAUAUAUCUGGAUGUGUUACGGAAAACGACUACAGAUUUCCAUGCCAAUGGGGGGCAACAUCUGGAGCCUAAUGUUUCUGAUGAUGUUGAUAUUUCUCCAGUGCAAAAUAAUUUAAGCUUCUCUGGAGAUGAGAAACUUGAGGUAAUAGCAGAAGAGAAAUUAGUUUCUCUCUGUGAACAGGUACUCAAGGAAGCAUCUGAUCUUCAGUCCUCGGUGGGGGAAACUACUAACAUGGAUGUUCAUCGAGUGCUUGAGCUACGGUCACCGAUAAUUGUUAAGGUGCUUAAAGGCAUGUGCUUUAUGAACAGCAAGAUUUUCAGAAGACAUUUAAGAGACUUCUAUCCUCUGCUUACAAAACUUGUGUGCUGUGAUCAGAUGGAAAUUCGUGGGGCGCUAGAAGAUCUUUUCAGGGCGCAGUUAAAGGCUUUAGUACCAUAGCAGUUCUCUAUAAUCUCGUGGCAUUCUCUGAAGGAAUGAUUUUCAGCAUUGCUGCACAUUUCAAUCUGAUUGUCUCGGUUUUUCAGCUAAAACUUCGAGUGCGUUUCUUCACCGACAUUGCUUUAGUGCAGAUUAAGUAGCUAGAUGCCAUUGUUUGUGUAAAGAAUUUAGAAAGAGGAAAAGACAUGGGAAUUUUUCUUGUAUCAUUUUUUUGCCUGAUGUAUGGAAAAGAAAAUAAGAAAAAAUGUUAAGUGUUGCGAUUUUUCUGUCUAUAAUUCGAAGUACACCACAACCAUCUCCUUGGGCUUUUGUUGUUGCUUGCAGACAUUUCUGCUUGUAGGCCAAUAGCCAAACAAUGGUUGGAGCAACUCUUCUCAAAAUUGAGUUGGAAUCCCUAGAAUUCUUAUGUUUCCGAAGGAUUCAAUUAUAGGAAAAUUAGGAGUGGAGAGCUCUUUCCUUUCCCUCUCACUUGCU